UGCCGAGUAGGAUGGAAACUUAGUUACAUUUCUUAUCUGAAAGAGAGUUUGUUCUAGACAGACGUAGGUGCCGCUUUGGGUUUCUAAUAAUAAUUUAAUACAAAUGUGGUAGUCAGCAAUGUAGAAAAUGUGACUGAUUUUAACUUAAGAAAAAAAAAAUUGUCUCGUAUUUAGUAUUGAUGUGAAAAUAUCUAGAUUCGUGUACCUCAAAGACACCAGAUCAUCACGUGUGAAGGACAUAUCUUUUAACAUUGGGAGAAGAGCGAAGUCUUCAGGGUAGUGAUAACGAUUUGAUAAAAUGCUAUUACAAUUCCUUACCGAAAUAUAUAAGUAGUUGGAAAUAACUUCUUGCAUAGGGUGAGAAAAGGAUUUACUUUCGUUUCUUUGGUCGAAGGACCACUUUGAAAAGAUAACAAAACCUACGCCAUUCGUUGGAAAUCAACGAAUUCAUACGAAACACUUUGUCUUACCUUUUCAUUGUUUGAUCAUCAAAUUUUCCUUUUAGUUUAUUUACUCCCAAAUAAUAAGAACAGCACAAGCAACGAAGUAACUUUUUUACUUUCCUCACCCUGAAUUGACGAACGCACGCUCGGCCCUUCGUUAUGGAACAUUCAAGGAUCAGAGAAACACAGAGAGAGGCCCUUAUAUACCUUCAAACGCUUCAAACACACAGUACACACGCACUCUUUCUCUCUCUCUUAUGUUCACAUCGAGGCUCAAGACAAGAUUUAAGAGUAAGAAAAAAGCAGAGAAGAAAGAGGAAUGUUUUUCGUUGGUCAAUUUUCACCAGUGUAGCAAGGAUCCCCCAACCAAGUGUACGUGCGUGUUAGUUUCCUGACUUCCGUCUAAAAGGCUUAAAGGGGGAGGACUGCCAUUCCCUGGCCGUAUUCAAUCCAAGAUCAACAACCAUGGCCAGUGAACAAGCUGUGUUUUGGGAUUGAGCCUGUGCUCCAAAGAGCCUUCCAUCUUCAUUCCCUCCAAGAGAUCUUUAGACCUUCACCAUGAUGAUGGACGACUAUGACGAGAAAGACGAUACCAAGCGGAAGUCUCGAAAUCUGAGCGAAAAAAAGCGAAGGGAUCAGUUCAACAUAUUGGUUACCGAGCUGGGCUCCAUGGUGUCUCCCAACAACCGCAAGAUGGACAAGACGACCGUCCUCAAGUCCACCAUCAACUUCCUCCGACAGCACAAUGAGAGCUCUGUCAAAUCGCAGGUCCAUGAGAUCCAUGAGGACUGGAAGCCGUCCUUCCUCUCUAAUGAGGAAUUUACCCACUUGAUGUUGGAAGCUUUGGAAGGUUUCAUUUUAGUGUUCAGUACGGAUGGUGCUAUCGUGUAUGCCUCCGAGAGCAUGACCUCCUUGGUGGGGUUCCUCCCAAGAGACAUAAUGCAGCGUUCCAUUUUUGAAAUCAUUCACGAGCGGGACAAGAUCAUGUUGUACAACACCCUCAACAGCCCGAACGACCUAGACCAAGAGACAGAGGUCAAUUUUUACUUGCACUUCAAACGGUUGGACAUUCGACACGCAGACGAGAACAAAGGGUAUGAGUUGGUCAAAUUGACGGGAUACUUUCGUAAAUGGACCAUCAAUGAGCCGCUGAACGACGGCAAUGGGUCCGACGAUGACAACAUAUCACUUCAAUCGGGUUAUUCUCGUUUGAGUACCCAAGAUGGAACCAUAACCGCCCGGAAGACUGUUUUCGUGUCCACCGCCCGUGCUCAAACCACACAACUUCUAAGAGAAAUGCCCCUCACUCAUUUUGCCAAAAGCGAGUUCAUCUCGAGAUAUUCUUUGGAAUGGAAGUUUCUCUUUCUGGACCACCGUGCCCCGCCCAUCAUCGGGUAUUUGCCCUUUGAGCUCCUAGGAACGUCCGGUUAUGACUACUAUCAUAUGGAUGACCUGGAGCGAAUAUCUCUGUGUCACGAAGCCCUCAUGCAAACUGGCGAAGGUACUAGUUGUAUGCAUCGUUUCCUUUCCAAGGGCCAGCAUUGGGUGUGGCUUCAGACGCGUUAUUUCAUUUCGUACCAUCAAUGGAACUCAAAGCCAGAAUUUGUGGUGGCCACUCAUCGAGUAAUUAGCUAUUUGGACGUAAUCAAGGAAUUCAAAAACGAAACCGAUGAGAAAGAAUCAGAGUUGGGGUCGCUUGACAUACGGUCCAGAUACCCAACCACCGAGUCCCCGACAUGGUCCUCGAAAAGUUCGAUGUGCGGAAGUUCCGGCACCGGUGCGAGUUCGUCUAAAUUCAGUCAGGAACACAAACAGAGUUAUAGUGAUAACAACCUAAGUGAUGGUGCUCACCCUGUGGGUUCUUUCGACUCCAUAGGGAGAAGCCCAGGGGCCAUGCCAGGGGGAAGACCCCUCAAGAACCUAGACAGAGGUGAGAGUAUCCCAACCAUGGGUGAUAGGAAUGGAGAGUCAAAGAUGACAAACGAAAGUCGGCAACCUGUUAUGCAAAUCGCUACUCCAACCCCUCAGUCCAGUAAUGGCUUCAGUGGUCCAACAACCGUCCUGGUUCCCGCCCCAAUGGCAGCCAUGCCCAAUCCUCAUAUCGCCAUGGCCUCCCGACCUCAUAUUGUGAUGACUCCUGCCCAACUUCAAUUGCAAGAGCAACUCCGUGCCAAACACAACGAAUUGUCCCGGCGGAUAGUGGAACAGCAAGAGGAACUCAGAAGGGUCUCAGAGCAGUUGGUCAUGUCCCAGUACGGCCUAGUCCCCGUGACUGUAACAUUCCAGCAACAACCCACAAGUAUUGGAUCAAAUCCAUCUUUGUCGGGUCUAGUAUCAACCCCACAGGGAACCGAUAUGUCCCCCUACAUGCCUCCGAUUACGUCCAGGAGUGAUAUCACCCUCCACGGGGCCACUUCCAUUUCCAGUGGUCAUCCUUCGAGAGAAACUGGUCUGAGAUCUCAUGUGUUCUAUACAAGUGUAACGAGUAAUGAUUUUAACAGUGACGCCAGAGACAAAUUGUGAGGAAAGCACAUAUCAUCCUACUUCAUCAAAAUAUAUAUUCAUUAUAUUCAUAUUUUAAUGAUGCAGCCAAAUUCUUAUUCUUGUCAGUAUGUCUCUACUUUCACGGCGGCUUGUGUUUGCGGAUUGAGGAAGUCUCUUAUAUACAUUGCAUAGUCGACGUCGUCCUCGAAAGGAUGCGUUAUUCAACUUUUCUCCCUGAUAAGCAACCAUAGUCUAGAAAAUGUCAUCUACCAAAAUGUUGAGUGGGAGAAGCGGAUGUGGACACUUAGCACGGUUGUAUUUUUAUUGUAAGAUUAUUUUAUGAGAGCACCUGAGUUGAGGUACAACACUCCAUGAUGGUUAUUAAAAUGAAUAAUAUAGUAAAGCAUAGUAGUUGAUACAA